CGUGUGCGUGUGGCUGGCUGUGAGUGUGAGUGUGCGCGCGCGAGCGGCAGAGAAUCAGGAAGUCACAGCAGCGAAGCGCACACAGACAUGUUUGAUCGCCGUGACAUGACGCGCGCGAGGGAGGAAGCGGCAGCGGCGGCCGGGGCCGGGCCGCGGACUCUGGCGCCGGCCUAGGGCUCGGGCGGGGAAGACCCGCUCCGGGCCGCCGGCCGCGCUGCCACUGCAGGCUCGGCGAGCCCCGCGCCUCUUUUUGUUCCGUGUCCCCCAGUAUCACUGUACUGACUGGCAGAGUCAGGAGAAGUAGAUGUCCACGCCCACAGACCCUGGUGCGAUGCCCCACCCAGGGCCUUCGCCAGGGCCGGGACCCUCUCCUGGACCAAUUCUUGGGCCCAGUCCAGGACCUGGACCAUCCCCAGGUUCCGUCCACAGUAUGAUGGGGCCAAGUCCUGGGCCUCCAAGUGUCUCACACCCUAUGCCGUCGAUGGGGUCUGCUGACUUCCCGCAGGAAGGCAUGCAUCAAAUGCAUAAGCCCAUUGAUGGUAUGCACGACAAGGGGGUUGUGGAAGAUAUCCAUUGUGGAUCCAUGAAGGGCACCGCUAUGCGACCACCUCACCCAGGAAUGGGCCCUCCCCAGAGUCCGAUGGACCAACACAGCCAAGGCUACAUGUCGCCGCACCCGUCUCCGCUGGGAGCCCCCGAGCACGUCUCCAGCCCUAUAUCGGGAAGUGGCCCAACCGCACCGCAGAUGCCACCAAGCCAGCCAGGGACCCUCAUCCCAGGCGACCCGCAGGCGAUGAGCCAGCCCAGCAGGGGGCCCUCGCCUUUCAGUCCCGUCCAGCUGCAUCAGCUGCGAGCUCAGAUUUUAGCUUACAAAAUGCUGGCCCGGGGCCAGCCCCUCCCCGAAACGCUGCAGCUCGCGGUCCAGGGGAAAAGGACGUUGCCGGGCAUGCAGCAGCAGCAGGCGGCGCCUCAGCCCCAGCCGCCGCCGCAGCCCCAGCCGCCGCCGCCGCCGCAGCAGCAGGCCCUUGUCAACUACAGCAGGCCAUCUGGUCCGGGGCCGGAGCUGAGCGGCCCGAGUCCCCCGCAGAAGCUGCCGGUGCCCGCGCCCAGCGGCCGGCCCUCGCCCGCGCCCCCUGCAGCAGCGCCGCCGCCCGCGGCCGCGGUGCCCGGGCCCUCGGUGCCGCAGCCGGCCCCGGGGCAGCCCUCGCCCAUCCUGCAGCUGCAGCAGAAGCAGAGCCGGAUCAGCCCUGUCCAGAAACCGCAGGGCCUGGACCCCGUGGAGAUUCUGCAGGAGCGGGAGUACAGACUUCAGGCUCGCAUAGCCCAUAGGAUACAGGAACUGGAAAAUCUCCCUGGCUCUUUGCCACCAGAUUUACGAACCAAAGCAACUGUGGAACUGAAAGCACUUCGGUUACUCAAUUUCCAGCGUCAGCUGAGACAGGAGGUAGUGGCUUGCAUGCGACGGGACACGACCCUGGAGACGGCCCUCAACUCCAAAGCAUACAAACGGAGCAAGCGCCAGACCCUGAGGGAAGCCCGCAUGACGGAGAAGCUGGAGAAGCAGCAGAAGAUCGAGCAGGAGAGGAAGCGUCGGCAGAAGCACCAGGAAUACCUGAACAGUAUUUUGCAACAUGCAAAAGAUUUUAAGGAGUAUCAUCGGUCUGUGGCCGGGAAGAUCCAGAAGCUUUCCAAAGCGGUGGCCACUUGGCACGCCAACACUGAAAGGGAACAGAAGAAGGAGACUGAACGGAUCGAAAAGGAGAGAAUGCGGAGAUUGAUGGCUGAAGAUGAAGAGGGCUAUAGGAAACUGAUCGAUCAAAAGAAAGAUAGGCGUUUAGCGUACCUUUUGCAGCAGACCGAUGAGUAUGUGGCCAACCUGACUAAUCUGGUUUGGGAGCACAAGCAAGCCCAGGCGGCCAAAGAGAAGAAGAAGAGGAGGAGGAAGAGGAAGAAGGCGGAAGAGAAUGCUGAGGGGGAGGAGUCUGCCCUGGGACCAGAUGGAGAGCCCAUAGAUGAGAGCAGCCAGAUGAGCGACCUCCCUGUCAAAGUGACUCACACAGAAACCGGCAAGGUCCUGUUUGGCCCAGAAGCACCCAAAGCAAGUCAGCUGGACGCCUGGUUGGAAAUGAAUCCUGGUUACGAAGUUGCCCCUAGAUCGGACAGUGAAGAGAGUGAUUCUGAUUAUGAGGAGGAGGAUGAAGAGGAAGAGUCCAGUAGGCAGGAAACGGAAGAGAAAAUACUUCUGGAUCCAAACAGUGAAGAGGUUUCCGAGAAGGACGCUAAGCAGAUCAUCGAGACAGCUAAGCAAGACGUGGACGAUGAGUACAGCAUGCAGUACAGUGCCAGGGGCUCCCAGUCCUACUACACGGUGGCCCACGCCAUCUCGGAGAGGGUGGAGAAGCAGUCGGCCCUCCUCAUCAAUGGGACCCUGAAGCAUUAUCAGCUCCAGGGCCUGGAAUGGAUGGUUUCUCUGUAUAAUAACAAUUUGAACGGAAUCUUAGCUGAUGAAAUGGGGCUGGGAAAGACCAUACAGACCAUUGCACUCAUCACUUAUCUGAUGGAGCACAAAAGACUCAAUGGCCCCUAUCUCAUCAUUGUUCCCCUUUCGACUCUAUCUAACUGGACGUAUGAAUUUGACAAAUGGGCUCCUUCCGUGGUGAAAAUUUCUUACAAGGGCACCCCUGCCAUGCGUCGCUCCCUCGUCCCCCAGUUACGGAGUGGCAAAUUCAAUGUCCUCCUGACUACUUAUGAGUACAUUAUAAAAGACAAGCACAUUCUUGCAAAGAUUCGGUGGAAAUAUAUGAUAGUGGACGAAGGCCACCGAAUGAAGAAUCACCACUGCAAGCUGACUCAGGUCCUGAACACUCACUACGUGGCCCCCAGAAGGAUCCUCUUGACCGGGACUCCCCUGCAGAAUAAGCUCCCGGAACUCUGGGCCCUCCUCAACUUCCUCCUUCCCACAAUUUUUAAGAGCUGCAGCACAUUUGAGCAGUGGUUUAAUGCUCCAUUUGCCAUGACUGGAGAAAGGGUGGACUUAAAUGAAGAAGAAACUAUAUUGAUCAUCAGACGUCUGCAUAAGGUGUUGAGACCAUUUUUACUGAGGAGACUGAAGAAAGAAGUUGAAUCCCAGCUUCCAGAAAAAGUUGAAUAUGUGAUCAAGUGUGACAUGUCAGCUCUGCAGAAGAUUCUGUAUCGCCAUAUGCAAGCCAAAGGGAUCCUCCUCACAGACGGUUCGGAGAAAGAUAAGAAGGGGAAGGGAGGCGCUAAGACACUUAUGAACACUAUCAUGCAGUUGAGAAAAAUCUGCAAUCACCCAUAUAUGUUUCAGCACAUUGAGGAAUCCUUUGCUGAACACCUGGGCUAUUCAAAUGGGGUCAUCAAUGGGGCUGAGCUGUAUCGGGCCUCAGGAAAGUUUGAGCUACUUGAUCGUAUUCUGCCAAAAUUGAGAGCGACUAAUCACCGCGUGCUGCUUUUCUGCCAGAUGACGUCUCUCAUGACCAUCAUGGAGGAUUACUUUGCUUUUCGGAACUUCCUUUACCUGCGCCUUGAUGGCACCACCAAGUCUGAAGAUCGUGCUGCUUUGCUGAAGAAAUUCAACGAACCUGGGUCCCAGUAUUUCAUUUUCUUGCUGAGCACAAGAGCUGGAGGCCUGGGCUUAAAUCUCCAGGCAGCUGAUACCGUGGUCAUCUUUGACAGCGACUGGAAUCCCCAUCAGGACCUGCAAGCACAAGACCGCGCUCACCGCAUCGGCCAGCAGAACGAGGUCCGCGUGCUGAGACUCUGCACCGUGAAUAGUGUGGAGGAAAAGAUCCUCGCAGCCGCAAAGUACAAGCUGAAUGUGGAUCAGAAAGUGAUCCAGGCAGGCAUGUUUGAUCAGAAGUCUUCAAGCCACGAGCGGAGGGCAUUCCUGCAAGCCAUACUGGAGCACGAAGAGGAAAAUGAGGAAGAAGAUGAAGUACCCGACGAUGAGACUCUGAACCAAAUGAUCGCUCGACGAGAGGAGGAAUUUGAUCUUUUUAUGCGCAUGGACAUGGACCGGCGGAGGGAAGACGCCCGGAACCCAAAACGCAAGCCCCGCUUGAUGGAGGAAGAUGAGCUGCCCUCCUGGAUUAUUAAAGAUGACGCCGAGGUGGAACGGCUGACGUGUGAAGAGGAGGAGGAGAAGAUCUUCGGGAGGGGGUCUCGCCAGCGCCGGGACGUGGACUACAGCGACGCCCUCACAGAGAAACAGUGGCUGAGGGCUAUUGAAGACGGCAAUUUGGAAGAAAUGGAAGAGGAAGUACGGCUUAAGAAGCGAAAAAGACGAAGAAAUGUGGAUAAAGAUCCUGCAAAAGAAGAUGUGGAAAAGGCCAAGAAGAGGAGAGGUCGCCCUCCAGCUGAGAAACUGUCACCAAAUCCCCCUAAACUGACAAAGCAGAUGAACGCUAUCAUUGAUACUGUGAUAAACUACAAAGACAGAACGACGGAUGGAAACGUGUGGAGGGAAAUGAGACAGAGUAACAGGCAUUUACGCAUUCGGGAGAAGCAGGAAACGUCCCCAGUAAUCUUCCCAACAGUCCCCCGAGGUUGGCAAGGCAGGUGUAACGUGGAGAAGGUGCCCAGUAAUUCUCAGUUGGAAAUAGAAGGAAACAGUUCAGGGCGACAGCUCAGUGAAGUCUUCAUUCAGUUACCUUCAAGAAAAGAAUUACCAGAAUACUAUGAAUUAAUUAGGAAACCGGUGGAUUUCAAAAAAAUAAAGGAAAGAAUUCGUAACCAUAAGUACCGAAGCCUGGGUGACCUGGAGAAAGACGUCAUGCUUCUCUGUCACAAUGCUCAGACGUUCAACUUGGAGGGAUCCCAGAUCUACGAAGACUCCAUCGUCUUACAGUCAGUGUUUAAGAGUGCUCGGCAGAAAAUUGCCAAAGAAGAAGAGAGUGAGGACGAGAGCAACGAAGAGGAGGAGGAGGAAGAGGAAGACGAGUCAGAGUCAGAGGCAAAAUCUGUUAAGGUGAAAAUCAAGCUCAAUAAAAAAGAUGAGAAAGGCCGGGACAAAGGAAAAGGCAAGAAAAGGCCAAAUCGAGGAAAAGCCAAACCUGUGGUGAGCGAUUUUGACAGUGAUGAAGAGCAGGAUGAAAACGAACAGUCAGAAGCAAGUGGGACUGAUGAUGAGUGAUCAGUAUGGACAUUUUUUUUUUGGUAGAACUGAACUCCUUCUCCCCUCUCUCGUCUCCACUCAGUGAGUUCAUUUGUCAUAUGGGCACUGGGUUGUUUCUAUAUCAUUAUCAUCUAUAAGCUAGCUUUAGGAUAGUGCCAGACAAACAUAUGAUAUCAUGGUGUAAAGAAACACACACUCAUACACAAAUCUUUGUAACAUAUUGUGACCAAAUGGGCCUCAAAGAUUAAAACAAACAAAAAAGCUUUUGAUGGAAAAUAUGUGGGUGGAUAGUAUAUUUCUAUGGGUGGGUCUUGGUAACGGUUUGAUUGUGCCUGGUUUUAUCACCUGUUCAGAUGAGAAGAUUUUUGUCUUUUUGUAGCACUGAUAACCAGGAGAAGCCAUUAAAAGCCACUGGUUAUUUUAUUUUUCAUCAGGCAAUUUUCAAGGUUUUUAUUUGUUCGGUAUUGUUUUUUUUUACACUGUGGUACAUAUAAGCAACUUAAUAGGCGAUAAAUGUACAGUAGUUAGACUUCACCUACAUAGACAUUUUUCCAUUUUAUGCUCUAUGAUCUGAAAAAAACGCUUUUUGAAUUGUAUAAGAUUUAUGUCUACUGUAAACAUUGCUUAAUUUUUUGCUCUUGAUUUAAAAGAAAAGUUGUUUUGUUGAAAUCGCUAUUGAAUAUUGCAAUCUAUAUAGUGUAAUGGAUGGCUUCUUUUGUCAACCUGAUCUCCUAUGUUACCAAUGUGUAUUGUCUCCUUCUCCCUAAAGUGUACUUAAUCUUUGCUUUCUUUGCACAAUGUCUUUGGUUGCAAGUCAUAAGCCUGAGGCAAAUAAAAUUCCAGUAAUUUCCAAGAAUGUGGUGGUGGUGCGUUCCUAAUAAAGAGAUAACAGCUGAGCUCAACAAA